AUGGGUCAGACCGAUGGCGAGAUGAUCCAGAGUGGCGUGAAAGACGGGACAGAGAGCCAGAUAGGGAUUAUGACCAGCGCUGGAGUGACGAGAGACACACUGACCGAUUUGAUGAGCGCAGAGACAGAGACGAUCCUGAGGUGAGACUCAAGGAAUCAAGUUACAGUCAUGGGGAUCUCAUUGACCUUGGGCAUGCAUUCAUCAAAAACAUGUUCUGUAGUGGGCUGUUUGCUAUGAAGAGCUGUUGUUCUCUGAUGUAGUGUUGCUUGCCCUCUUCAGUUGACAACUGUGUUCUUCUUGCAGAGAAGGCGAAAGCGCCACAACAGUGACAGAUCUGAAGAUGGCUAUCAGUCUGAUGGCGAUGAUCAAGAGCAGGAUUAUAAAAUGGAGCUGGGGCAGGAGGAGAGCAAGACCAUCAUGCUCCGGGGCCUGUCCCUCUACGUCACAGUGGAAGAUGUAGGUCCUCUUUAUUCCUAACCACACGUUGAUAUAACUACUAAUAAUACAUGCUUCACAGAGCUGCCAUAUGCAGUAUUGAUGUGUAUAAUAGGAAACAUACAUUGUGGACUGUGACCUCUCUUGAAUAUAGUGAACCGUGGCCCACUGAAUGUCCCCCUCCUGUGUUUCAGAUCCGGGCUGCUCUUGAGCAGCUGCAGGGACCCCAGCCUGUGGACAUCCGGCUGAUGAAGAAGAGGACAGGUGAGAGUUGUUGUCUGGAGCCUCAGGUUGAUUCAGCUCCACACACACUACCACCCCACACACGCCACCUUGCCUCCAAUAUCAAUAAUAUUUGCCAUAGCAAAGGAACCUUCACCACACCUACACCAGUGGGUCUUUUGUUUUGUCGAUUGUUUUUAUUUGUGGAUGAGAUUGAGACCCAAGGGGUAUCCUACGAAGCAAGCUAGAUCUACUCAGGGUUUUUAUAAAGCUGACCAGCUUCAGUUUGCUUCACAUUCUAGCUCAGGCUUCGUCCGUACUACGACAGUGGAUAUUGCUUGUCCGCCUGACGCUAACUCUAGCAGGCUUGUAACCGUGCGUGCAUGUCGCACAUGGCAACAAACUCUUCAUUGAGACAAUGCUGAAACAUCAAUCCAUGGGUGAGUCAGUGCCACAUUUUCAUUUGUGCCGAAAUCAAAAUGAAAGAAAUGUUAUCUUGCAAAUUCAGCAUGCUAUGGUGUGAAAUAUACUUUUAGAAGUGCCAUCUUUAUUUUAUUACUUAUCGUUAAUGCUGUCUUUGGUGUGCUUAUCGAUGCACAAGCACUUUUCUCCCCCACUCAUAUUGAUUUUUUUAUUUUCUUAAGUCAUACAAAUGUGUUACAUUGCGUGAAGUUUAAAAUGCAUUCUGCCAUUACUAAAUGUGUAAUGUGAUAUUUUAACACAAAAAACAUUUGAUUAAUAAAAUAUUUAAUCAGUCGUCUUCCUCAUGAAGGGGAUGAUGAAGCAAUCUUUGCAAGAGGGAAGGAAUCUGAUUUCACUAGUCCUCAACUCUCGGCUUAGUCAUUUCAUUCAGGGUAAGUGGAGUUAGCCCUGAGUUAGCCUGCCCCCGGAGCAGGUUAGUUCUGAAGGAUUCGUUGCCAUAGAAAUUUACCUGGCUAAAAGGUGAGCCACUUUCGUAUGACUGGUUAUCCUGAGUUACCUCGCUAUUUCCUCAAAUGUGCUUUGUAGGAUACCCCUCUGGUAAGUAGUUGUACUUGUCCCUGUUUGUUAAAACAUUUCACAUUUUAUCGUAUCAUCUGCGUGGCAAUCAUUCAAGUGCAGUCCAAGCACUGCCAUCUGAAGGCUUUCAUGCUAUGGCAAAGGUUACCCCUCCCCUACCCUCUUCAAAAUACAUCUCCCACUGUUUCACUUGUAAUGGGUUGUGAAGCAGACUGUGACAGAGUUUGAAUGUUGUGCCAAAGCACUCUGACUAACACAACUCCCGUCUAUAUUUGAAUGCUGUCUCUAGGUAUAAGCCGAGGUUUCGCCUUCGUGGAGUUUUAUCACUUGCAAGAUGCUACCCGAUGGAUGGAGACCAAUCAGGUUGCUUCAACAAUCGCCAAGUCUAGAUUUUGUCUUGGAGAUCAGAGCCCAAAAUAACAAACAGAUAUCUUGAGAGACUGACCUUUGAGAAAUUUGCUGUAUAAAUGACCAUUUGCUGAGAGCUGAGGGUCCUACAUAGACAAAGGACUGCACCAACGCUUUUGUUAUAUGAAUCUGAUUUCUUUCUUUAAGUUGCCUUUAUAAUUUGAUGAACUAGAUGGCUUAUUCUGACAGAAAUUCUAGUUUAAACAGGUUAGACAGCAAAAACAAGUCUGUACAAUAAUUCCUGUACUGUAAAAAUGUGCAAGAUUAGCAUUGGACCCUCUGAAGCUCACCAUACAAAGUGUCAACUUAUACAUUUUUAACUUUUGGAAUGAAAACUGGAUUUAAGCACCUAAGAAAUCAAAAGAGGAGGUAGCUCAUUUUUGUUUGUGAUGUUGUUUAGCUAAAUAAGUGUAUAUUUUAAGAAAAUAAGGAUUUUACUUUGAGAGUUUAGGCGCUCUUUGGUUCUGGGUGUCUCACAUAGCCAUGUUUUGAUAUGGCUGCCCCCAGGGCAUGUUUCCAUAUAGCACACUUUGCUCCAGCUCAGUCUCUUGGCCCAUUACACAUCCUCCACCUUUCAAACCGAAGACGAGGGAAUGGGCCAAGGACGGGCUGGUAGCACUCCGGUCCGACACACUGCUAGAAUCCUUCCCAGCACAUGCACUUCUCUCUCUCUCUCUCUCUCUCUCUCUCUCUCUCUCUCUCUCUCUCUCUCUCUCUCUCUCUCUCUGUCUGUCUCUGUCUCUCUGUGUCUCUCUCUGUCUCUCUGUCUCUCUCUCUGUGUCUGAUCUACUCACCCCUGUAUUCUCUGAGGGGUUGUACCUAAGCGAGUGUGACCCUAGCAACUCUUUCCCUUCAUGGGGUGUGAUAGUAUGAGGAUCUCACCUGGCUGUGUGGCUUGGAGUUGGGGAAGCAAACAUAACUGGUGGCCUUUGAUCUUACAGAAUACGCUGAUGAUCCAAGGAAAGUGUGUGGUUAUGCACUACAGCAACCGAAGACACACAUUUGAAAACUGGCUCUGCAAUGCUGUGAGUAUCCCCUCUUCUCCACCUCCAUGUGUUCUACUCCACAGACCAAAUCCCUUCUCUGUUUUGUGUUGUUAAAUGGUUUCACUCAUAGUUUCCAUCAAUGUUUCCAGAUACACUAUUUUGUCGUUAAAGUUUAAUUCAACUGAGUGAAAACAAUGUAACCGGUUGCUUGCAGUGCGGCCUGUACAAUUUCCGGAAGAGGCUGAAGUGCUUCAGAUGUGGAGCAGUCAAAGUUGGUAAGUAGCCCUGUGUUUAUACUUGCAUUCCCAAUGUGGAUGGCCCAGCAAAAGAGACCAGUGAUUAUCAAGUAUCACAUUCCAGGCCCUUGAUGUGAAAGUCCAGUGAUUUCAUAGUUGUUGGGAGGGCCUUGAUAGAACUACUUUGCUGUUGUGUUUUAAACAGAGGGGUCAGAAUCUGCUGGCCCCAGUGACUGGAACUUAGAGCCUAAGCAAGCUGGAGACUACUGUGGUGACAGUGAGUACCAUCUUUUAACCAUUCUGUGUGCCUUUGUGUGUGGCUAUUGAUACGUUGGAUAGGAAGAGUAGGAUCAUUCUCUUGUUAUUUUCUUGACAGCGAUCAUCUUGAGAAACAUCGCCCCCCUCUCCAGCGUCGAGGCCAUCAUGACGACCCUGGCUCCCUACGCCAUCCUGUCUUCGGGCAACAUCCGUCUGAUCAAGGACAAACAGACAGGACAGAACAGAGGCUUCGCCUUCGUACAGCUCUCCUCUCCACUGGUAUGUGUGUUGUCAUCAGAAUAAUGCACAUUGUCAUUGUAAUAUGAUUGGCUAAGUUAGGUCUCAUGUUGACAGUAUGUCUGCAAUCCUUAUCUUUAUUCUUAUUCAUGUGUAGGAGGCUUCCCAGCUCCUGACGAUCCUCCAGGGCCUGCAGCCCCCUCUGAAGCUGGAUGGGAAGACUAUCGGGGUGGAUUAUGCAAAGAGUGCCAGGAAGUGAGUCAUUACUCUGUCUCCCUUUACUAAACAAUACAACACAUGCUCACUCCAUACACAGCUAUAGGGAAGCACCAUAGUAAUAAGAAGAUUAAACAUGCAUCCUCCCACACCAGAAUCCAGAUCUCAUCUCUUUGUGUUCCCCCGACAGAGACCUGCUGAUGCCAGAUGGGAACAGAGUCAGUGCCUUCUCCGUUGCCAGCACAGCCAUCGCUGCUGCUCAGUGGUCCUCCAGCCAGGUAUCACUAUGACUACUCCCUCACCUUAUCUCAACCAUGUAGUUGUGGUCCCACCACUCUCUAUGUUUUCAUGCAUUGGUCUCUUUCCGUUUUUCAGCCGCAGCAGGGCCUGGGUGCUGCCACAGACUAUGGUUCCCUGCAGGAGGGCUAUGCACAGUACACACAGGUCAGUACUCUCUGGAGGCCAAUUCAACUCAUAGGUCCACACCAAGUGGGGGAUGCUCUUUAAACCUGAAGCUAUGCAUCAAGGCCAGAUAGUCAUUCAAUGUAACUAAAGAUAGUUGAGGGCCUCCUGAGUGGCGCAGCGGUCUAAGGCACUACAUCGCAGUGUUGCGGCAUCACUACUGCCUGGGGUUCGAUCCCAGGCUGUGUCACAACCGGCCGUGACAGGGAGUCCCAUAGGGUGGCGCACAAUUGGCCCAGCAUCGUCCGGGUUAGGGGAGGGUUUGGCUGGGGGGGGCUUUACUUGGCUCAUCGCGCUCUAGCGACUCCUUGUGGUGGGACGGGCGCCUGCAAGCUGACGGUCGUCAGUUGAACUGUGUUUCCUCCGACACAUUGGUGUAGCUGGCUUCCGGGUUAAGCGAGCGGGUGUUAAGAAGCGGGUCAUGUUUCGGAGGAUGCAUGACUCGACCUUCGCCUCUCCCGAGCCCGUUGGGGAGUUGCAGCGAUGAGACAAGAUCGCAAUUGGAUAUCACAGAUAUUUAAAUUUGUUUUAUAAUAUUUGUCUUUCAGUAUGGGCAGGAUUGUCAGUCGUGGCCUCAGCAGCCUGCUGUGUUGGAUCCUGCUCCUGGAGAUGGAAUAUUAGGAGGUGAGAAUCCAAUUAGACCGAUGUCUACUUCACAGUCCAUCUUAACACUACAACUUGUGACUGACUGAUUUAUAUUAUGGCUUUAAUCAUGGUUUGCAUUUUUAAUGGCAGCUGCACCAGGAGUGAAGGCCCUGGUCCCUACAGCAGCAGGUGUGGUUGUGUCCCAGACCACACAGGUCUACCAGCAUCACCUCCUCAGCCAGCCUAUCAUGCAGGUAUCGCUUAAGGGCUCACAUCAACAUUCAUGCUGCUUGUUAUAAACAUGCUGCUCAAUCUUAUGAUGUACAUGUAAUACUGUGUGUGGUCAAUACGAAUGAGUGCAGCAGUUGAACAUGUGGUGCUGUUUUCCCACCCACAGGCGCACCAAAUAGUUGGGCAGAUUGAUGUGGCACCACAGGCUACCAGUUCCAGAGUUGCCACCUCUUCACUGAGAACAACAGCAGCUGCUUUGGCAGCCCCCACUGGAGCUGCCCCUUUCUCUGAUGGCACAUCUGGUAAGAUGGGACACCAUAUUGGAUUUCCAAUCCUUAUUUAGUUUGAACGUCAUUGCCAUACAUUGAAUACCUAAAGGUCUUUCUAUACACUGUUUCUGCUGUUGCUUUUAACCAGUUGUUCCUGACACCUCCGCUUACCAAUAUGAUGAGUCAUCUGGGUACUACUACGAUCCACAGACUGGUCUAUACUACGACCCUAACAGCCAGGUAUGUAUAGUGCCUUCAGAAAGUAUUAAAAUCCCUUGACUUAUUCCACAUUUUGUUGUGUUACAGCCUGAAUUCAAAAUGGCUUUUUAAAAAAAUAAUACAAAUUCUCAACCAUUGACAAACAAUACCCCAUAAUGACAAAGUGAAAACAUGUUUAAAAAGGUUAGCAAAUUUAUUGAAAAUUAAAUUCAGAAACUAUUCAAACCCCUGAGGCAAUACAUGUUAUGAUCACGUUUUGCAGCCAUUACAGCUGUGAUUCUUUCUGGGUGAGUCUCUAAGAGCUUUGCACACCUGGAUUGUACAAUAUUUGCACAUUAUUAUUAAAACAAAUAUUCAAGCUUUGUCAAGUUGGUUGUUGAUCAUUGCUAUCACAGCCAUUUCAAGUCUUGCCAUAGAUUUUCAAGCCGAUUUAAGUCAAAACUGUAGCUAGGCCACUCGGGAACAUUCAAUGUUGUCUUGGUAAGCAACUGUGUAGACCAGUGACACAGAAUCCCAAUUUCAUCCAUUUAAGAUUCAGGCUGUAACACAACAAAAUGUGGAAAAAGUCAAGGGGUGUGAAUACUUUCUGAAGACACUGUAACUACUGUCUCACCCCUAUAGACUUCUGCUCUAUCAGGGAGUUGAUCAUGAAUAAUGUGUCAUUAUUAUUAUACAUGAUGUAUUUAUCUCCCUGUAGUACUACUACAACUCCCAGACCCAGCAGUACCUGUACUGGGACAGUGAGACACAGACCUACAUCCCUGCAGCAGCAGCAGCAGCAGUAGAAACAACAACAGCAGCAGACGCCAGCGCCGAACAGGCUUCCACCUCCUCAGCAGCCUCGUCCAGCAAAGAGUCCAAGGAGAAGAAGGACAAGCCCAAAAGCAAGUCUGCCCAGCAGGUAACAGACAGACAGGCACCUCCUACAAGCAUGGGAAAUUCCCAUACUGAAGCACUAGUGCAUAUAGUGAGCUAUGUUAGGAACACUGUUCUCUCCCAUUUCAGAUAGCUAAAGACAUGGAGCGAUGGGCCAAGAGCCUAAACAAGCAGAAGGAGAACUUCAAGAGCAGCUUGCAGGGCCUUGGGCAGGGCAGGGAUGAGGACCGGAGAGAGGCUGCCGCUGCCGACGCAGGCUUCUCUACCCUCUUUGAGAAAAAGGUACUCAUGAUUAUAACCCUCUGUUGAGUCAAUAUACUGUAGAUGGCUCUUAUGUCAUGGCACAGCAGUGGUACUGGGAUACCUGUCUCAAUUAAAGGAUGAUGAACUGUUUGGUGUCAUGUCAAUGGGUGGUAGGUAGCCUAGCGGUUAGAGCGCUAGGCCAGUAACCCGAAAGGUUGCUGGUUCGAAUCCCUGAGCCGACAAGAUGAACAAUCUAUCUGUGCCCUUGAUCAAGGCACUUAACCCUAAUUUCUCCUGUAAGUCACUCUGAAAAAGAGUGUCUGCUACAUGACUAAAAUGUAAAUGCAAAUGUCUGAUUUAGUGUUUUGCUCCUCCAGCAUGGUGCAGGGUUUGAGACCCAGCCGCUGGUGAUGAAUGAGCUGGUGAAGAAUGGAGAACCGGAAACCCCAAUAGUCAAGGUAAGGAUGUAGCUGAGAUGGCACUGUGAAACACUACUGGUAGACUACAGAGAAAGACAAUAGCAGGUUGGAUUAGGACUGGUUUUAGGCCAUCUAGUGGUGAGAUGUGGUGUCACUUUGUCUCUAUCCCUAUUGGAAAGCCCAGUCCUCACUUCUCCAGUGGCUUGUGUGGCAUGGUUCUCACUUCAUAGUAAAAGGUUUGUGUGUUUGUUGCAGAGUGGCCUGGUGGCAGCCUACAGUGGGGACAGUGACCCAGAGGAGGCAGCAGACCUAGAGAGCGGAGGUGGGGGGGGUGAUGAGGGGUCAGACAAGCUGACAGACUGGAAGAAGAUGGCCUGCUUGCUCUGUCUCAGGCAGUUCCCCGGCAAAGACGCCCUGCUGCGCCACCAGCAGCUCUCAGACCUGCACAAGGUAGGAUGGCAAGCAGCAGAAUGGCACUUUAAUCUCUGAGUCUCGGUGGAAGGAAAUAUUUUGGGUUAUUUUUGGCUCUGCCGUCUGCUGAGGGUGUGCAGUUGUCCUUUUAGCAUAAGCAAGGUGAGAACGCACAUUCUUUUGAACUGUCAUGCCAAGACUAAUCGUGCCAUUUUAAAUGUGUGAAUUGCAUAGUUCCCGGGGAGUAUUAACUUUUUUUUAUUUUUUAUAAAUGUAAUCGUCUUAGCAAAACUUGGAAAUUCACAGAAGAUCCAAACUAUCUGAGGCCCAGCUGGAAGAGUUGGAGAGAAAAGAGAUGGAGGUAGGCUAUACUCUUUGAAGAUUUCUACCAUUCACAGGAAGAAUUUUAGAAAGCCGAGAUCUUCAAUGUCACCGACGAUUCUGAUUUGUGUCAUGUUGAUAUUGUUCUGUGUAGCUGAAGUACAGAGACAGAGCUGCUGAAAGAAGGGAUAAGUAUGGUGUUCCCGAACCACCAGCACCCAAGAAGAAGAAAUUCUAUCAGCCUCCUGCCCCCACAGUGUAAGGGCUUCAACCAAUCCUAUCUCAAAAGCAGGGGGUCUCAGGUUACGGGAAUAUAUGUUAUUGUCCAACUACAUCCUUGAUCAAUUAAAGUAACCAGAAAUAAAUGAAUUACAUUUCAUUAAUAGCGUUUGAUUUAAUUCACCUCUCUUAUCAACAACCUGACACAGGAACUACGAGCAGCCCACCAAAGAUGGUCUGACCAGUGACAACAUUGGGAACAAGAUGCUGCAGGCCAUGGGCUGGCAGGAGGGCAAGGGCCUGGGCCGCAACCAGCAGGGCAUCACUGCACCCAUCUCUGUGAGUUAUGCAGCCAAAACGAGAAACUAGAGGCCUUUUUCACCUGCAAAGGGUUAGUGCAGAGUGCUUAACAUGACCUGUAGUUCCAUGUCCCUGGGCUAUUUCCUGACAGAUGGGGUUGGUACGUGGUGGUGUUGAGUUUGUAUGUGUGGCCAAUUAGCAGGUGUACCUAAGGGGUACCUGAGCCCAAUCUGUCUGUUUUGAUAAGUGUCUUCUUGCCCUCUCCCCACAGGCCUCAUUACGAACCAAGGGCACAGGCCUGGGCAUCAAGGGAAGCAACUACGAACUCUCCGCAUCAGACACCUACAAGGACGCUGUGCGCAAAGCCAUGUUUGCACGCUUCACUGAGAUAGAGUGA